AUGCCCCUUCUCCUUCCUCCAGGCCCCGAUCUUCGGCCCUCCGAGCUCACAUACACGGACGGGUACAACUCGAUUGUCUCACGAGUGCAAAGAAGGCGUGGAACCGGCUCAGGUGGUAUUGUCAUCAUCUGCGGUGUCGACCUCGACGGGCUGCUUGCCGCACGCAUCCUGACGUCUCUCUUUAAGCAAGACAAUGUACCCUACCAACUAGUUCCCGUCGGAGGCUACACUGACCUCGACAUCAAAAGCAGAGAGGCGUUGAAGUCCGAAGAUCUGCAUACGCUCAUCCUGCUCUCACUUGGAUCGAUUCUUCCUCUUGCCAACUUCUUUGACCUUCCGCGUGGCGUUCACCUCCAUGUUUUGGAUGCUCGCCGACCCUGGAACCUGUCCAACCUCUUCGGCAUCGCUCUCGAUGAGGACAACGACGGGGAAGAAUCGAGCGAGGGUAAGAUCUGGACGUGGGGUGAUGGAAACGAGAUCAAGCUCGACAGCGUCAAGAAGAGUUGGGAGACGCUAGAGUACGAGCCAGACUCUGAUUCUGACUCUGACUCUGAAGUGGAUGACGAGGACGACGAGGAUGAAGACGGGACGGGGAACGGGCAUGACGACGAAGACGGAGAAGAGUCUGGCGGCGAGAAUGGGAACGGAGUACACCUUGGCAAGCGCUCGCGCGAAUCCUCGUCGAAGCCAAAGAAGCGGCGGCGUGAAGGGGAAAGGCCGCGGAAAAUGCCGCGCGCGGUUCGCGAAGCGCAUGUUGAACGUGUCAGCAGGUACUACGAAGCCGGAACGUCGUUCGGCAUGAGCGUAGCUCAAACCGUCUACCUCCUCGCCACCGAAUUGGAACGAGCAGACAACGACCUCUUGUGGUUGGCGAUUCUCGCUGUGACACACCAGUAUGUCGCGGCACAAAUCGACCGCAAGAGGUACGGCAUGUUCCAUGAUUUGUUGUCCGACGAAGUUGUUCGCCUCAAUCCGCCAGUGACAAGCCGAGAACCAGAUGCGGACAACCGGCGGAUAUCGAGGAGCGACGAGCUACGGUUCGUCCUUUUUCGGCACUGGAACCUCUAUGACUCCAUGCUCCACUCCAGCUACGUGGCUGCACGAAUGGGGAUCUGGAGGGAACGAGGUCAGAAGCGCAUCCAGGGGUUGCUUGCCAAGAUGGGGUACUCAAUGCAGGAGUGUAAACAAGCCUACGCUCAUAUGGACCUGAAGCUGAAAAAAGAGCUCCCGGAGAAACUCGACGCGAUCGCUCCAGAGUACGGCCUUGUCGAGCUUGAAUACCCGUCGUUUGUCCGCGCGUUCGGCUUCGAGGUGGCUGUCAUGUCUGCUGCAGACGCUGUCGAGGGCCUCACAGCACUACUCGAAGCAGCGACUGGCUUGCGUCUUGAGGUCGAGGUGGAAGGCGGGCGUGGCGGCGGCGAGUGGUUCGGUGCCAUGCGCACCUGGUCCGUUGGGGGCGACUACAGCGUGAUUGAGCGCGACAACGCUCCGACGGAGGAGGCAGAUGUUGAGCUCGGCAAGGAGGACAAGUCAAAACAGUGCCUCUCCGCCAACUUCUGGAUCACAUUCGACGCGUGCGGCGACAUUGCCCUUCUCAAGAAGUCGCUUCCUCUGGCCAAGGCACUACACUGCGCUAUUAUCCGUCAGGGGACGGCCAUCCUCGACAAGGGCACCAUCCGGCCGCUUCACAAGUUUCGCUUCACGGCUGUCAAGGAAGGCCCAGACCUGCGCAUGUUCUCUAAGCCGGCCGCCCUGGCGCGCUUGGCCCUCUGGCUCAUGGACGCAACGCGCGACAGGUGGACAGACAGAGAAACGAGGAAGGGGCACAAGGUCACCUCGCUGCCAUUUGUCCUCGCCGUGCUAAAUGAGGAGAAGAGGACGUACACUGUUGUCGGUGUCACGGGUGCGCCCGAGUUUGGAGAUGUACGCAAGAACAAGUUUGGUCUCGCGUUCCAGCAGGCGGCGCACGAGAGUCAGGUGACCUGCAACGAGCUGUUCGAUACCAGUGUCAUUGAGAUCCCCGACGUCGACCUGCAAGGGUUCAUGGAGGUCCUGGCCAUGCGCAGCGUUACCAUCUAG